GCGUCCAGAGAGCUGCGUGAACGGUGCGGGGCGAGCGGGCAGGCGCUCCAGCCUCGGCUGCGGCGAGUUACACCGUUUCCAAUCUGUCCGCGUCCGCCGCCGCCGGAGCCGGAGCCAGGAUGUUCAGGAUGCUGAGCAGCGGUUUUGAGGAUGAUCCCUUCUUCUCUGAUUCUUUUCAUGCUCACCGAGAAAGUAUGCGACAGAUGAUGAGAAGUUUUUCUGAACCUUUUGGAAGAGACUUGCUUAGCAUCUCCGAUGGCAGAAGAAGAGCUCGCAGUCGUACAGGACAUGAUGAUGAUGGGGAAAAUCACCUGACUGCAAGGAGUUCUCUUCUGCCUUUUGGCAGUUUUGGUGCUAUGCGUACGGAUGUCAACCCUUUUCAGGCCAUGGACCGAAUGAUGUUAAAUAUGCGAAACAGUAUGCAGGAAUUACAAAGAAACUUUGAUCACCUUUCAAUGGAUCCAAAUGGACAUUCGUUUACUUCUUCCUCAGUUAUGACUUAUUCCAAAGUAGGAGAUGAACCACCAAAGGUUUUCCAGGCCUCAACUCAGACCCGUCGGGCUCCAGGGGGAAUAAAGGAAACUAGAAAGGCAUUGAGAGACUCUGACAGUGGACUAGAAAAAAUGGCUAUUGGCCAUCAUCUCCAUGACCGAGCUCAUGUCAUUAAAAAAUCAAAGAACAACAAGACUGGAGAUGAAGAGGUUAACCAGGAGUUCAUCAAUAUGAAUGAAAGUGAUGCUCAUGCUUUUGAUGACGAGUGGCAAAAUGAGGUUUUAAAGUACAAACCAGGGGGACAGUGGCGCAAUCUAGAAAACAGCAGGAUGCGCGGUGUUGGACAUGAGAAUUCAGGAUUCCGAGAACUUAAAAGAAGGGAGAGACCUCAUCAAAGUCCCGCCAUUGAACAUGGAAGAAGAUCAAAUGCUUUUGUGGACAAACUCAACAUCAAAGGCUCACCUGUGAAAAUCAACAAAAAAUAAAUAGCCUUGCGUUUGAAGUGUUUAGUUUGGGUUGUUUUAACAGAGAAAAUAAUGGUGCUGGGGAAUACACAUAAGACCAAUCUCUUGUUGUUAAAUCAAUACUGUACUUCGCAGCUUUCUUCUGAUAUCUCGAUGUAAUGGAAGUGCUAGCUUUAUGAUUGUCCUACUGGAAGAAUAAAACUUUGAUUUUCAAUGACACAGCCAAUUUGUCAAACAUUCUGUAAAACUCUUUAAAACACCGUGGUUCUUAAAGUCCACAGGCUUGGUUUUGCUUUCCCAGUUAUUUUCCGAUUGGCUAGGUAUUCUUUGAUACAAGACUGAAUGAGGAACUAGUUUUAUAUAAUUAGUUAUGAGAAAGUUAAAUUGUUAAAAGGUGGUCUUGACUUUCACUAACACUACACUAGAGUCAUGUUAAUAAAGGUUAAAAUUAUUUAGCUCAAAAUUUAUGUGUUGUAAAGCCAGUCAGCUUAAAGAGUUAUUUAAAAGGUAAAGCAAAACUAUACUAGUACUGUCUUAUGAGAAAUUAGUUAUUAUUUUGAUAAAGAAAAUGAACAAUCAAAUAGUUUGUUUUUAAAGAAAUAUUUUCAAUUAUAAUUUUCAUGAAUUUCCUUCUUGUAGUUUUUUAUAUAGUAUUUUGUGUUCUAUAUUCUUAACAUGUAUUAGACUUUACAUUGACCUUUCUGUGUAACUCCUUAAGGUAGGCAUUUCUAUUCUUCUUUCUUACAAACAGCUUAAUCUGUCUCUUCUGUUAACACCCUAACGUUAGUGUCCUUGAAGAGACUCUGCUCAGCCUUCCUGUGACAUUUAGAAAAAUGCAUUUGGUAUUCUGCAAACCUAAAUGAUUGAUUGUCUCAAAAUUUCUUAAGACAGGUGAUGUGUGUGUUUGAGCAAGGUAUUUAAUAAUUCAGUUGUUCCCUUUUUAAUUAUACCAUUUACAAAUUCAGCUCUAGCAUUUUUAUUCUAGAAUUCAAACAUUAAUUUGUUUUUUAUAAAAGUUAGGUUUGAACUUUAUUAGAAUCUAAAACUUUAUCCCUUAUGUCUUUGUUGUGUCAAGGGGAAAAAUAAAACAGAAAAUCCACUAUUGCUCUACA